UCACGAAAUAAACUUUGGGAAUUGAAAUCGUACCUCCUGCGUUGUGUUUUGUUACUUUUCAUCGGUUUUGGUUUUAGCUUUGAAAAGGGGAUAAGUGUAGAGAAUUUUGUUGGUUGUUUAAAGAAAUAGACCAACUGCCAUCAUGGCGAUGCAAGCUGCUCGACGAGCAAAUGUUCGAUUACCACCUGAAGUGCACAGAAUACUUUAUGUAAGAAAUCUCCCAUACAAGAUUACAGCAGAAGAAAUGUAUGAUAUAUUUGGAAAAUAUGGAGCAAUAAGACAAAUUCGACUUGGAAGCACUACCGACACUAAAGGAACAGCAUAUGUUGUGUAUGAAGAUAUUUUUGAUGCUAAGAAUGCAUGCGAUCAUUUAUCUGGUUUCAACGUCUGUAAUCGAUAUCUUGUGGUUCUUUAUUAUAAUCCUAACAGGCAAUUUAAGAAGAAAGAUGCUGAAAAGAAACAGGAACAAUUGGACAAGAUGAAAGCCAAGUUUGGAGUGAGCACAGAUCCCAAGUGAUGGAACAAUUUACAAAACAAUGAUACUUUGUUAUUCCUUACUGAAUUCAUUGUCGACGUACCCUGUAAAUGUGCUGCAGAGCCUCAAUUAGUUAAACUUACACAUUGACAGCCCUUGCUGUUUUGUUUUUUACAGUGGUUGUAAAACAUGUUUUAAUAUUUUGGUAAAGUACAAUUAUAUCCAUUUACUGCUCUACAAAUGUUUUGAUAUUUUGGUAACUACAAUUGUAUCAAUUUACUGUUCUGUGUAUUUUUUAAAAUAUGCUGUAUUCUACAUGC